ACAGAUCUUCCACAGUAUAUCAAAGAAGGGAUCAAACAAUGCGAGGUCAUCUCGAGACCUCCACCUUCCCACAAACCUUUCACCUCCAGACGCACACGAAGCGAUCGGUUCGUCCCUGGAACUCGGGCUGUUUGGCUGAAGAACGCCACUCUUUGGACUGGGGAACAAGACGGUGAACAGGUCAUCUACGGAGCGGACGUACUUCUGGAUGGAGGGGUCAUAAGGAAAGUCGGAAAAGGGUCAGAAUUUGUCAAGAUGGCCAAAGAGUUGGAUGCGGAGCAAGUCCAGCUGAAUGGAGCUUGGGUCACUCCUGGUAUCGUUGACGUUCACUCCCAUGUGGGGGUUGACGCCGCUCCCUCUCUACGAGGAAACGACGAUACCAAUUCGUGGAAGCAGUCGGUACAACCUUGGCUGAGAUCGAUCGAUGGGUUCAACACGCACGAUUUGGCUUUCAACCUUUCAAUUUCAGGUGGUAUAACUGCCAUGCUCAUCCUGCCUGGUUCAGCUGGAAACAUCGGAGGAACAGCCUACACCGUCAAACCUCGCUGGACAUACGAAAACACUCCUGAGAGUAUGCAAGUCGAACCUCCUUUUAUCAUUUCCUCAUCUUCCCAUUCCAAUCAGACCUGGGUGCGUACAAAUGCUUGGCGUCAUAUCAAACAUGCUUGUGGGGAAAACCCUGCUCGAGUAUACGGAAACACCCGUAUGGACUCCUCCUACGAUUUCCGUAGAGCCUAUACGGAAGGUGCUCAAUUAAAAGCCAAACAAGAUCGUUGGUGUUCCGAUCCGAAAUCUCAAAAAGAACCCUUCCCCGAUGAUUUACAAUGGGAAGCUUUAGCCGAUGUCAUUCGAGGUAAUGUGAAAGUCAACAUCCAUUGUUACGAAACUACCGACUUGAAUGCGUUAGUAAGGAUCAGCAACGAAUUUCGAUUCCCCAUUGCUGCAUUUCAUCAUGCACACGAAGCGUACCUUGUUCCUGAUCUUCUGAAGGAGACUUUUGGUUCGGAACCUCCUGCAGUGGCCAUCUUUGCAACAAAUGCGAGAUACAAAAGAGAAGCAUAUAGGGGUAGCGAAUACGCCCCUAAGAUCCUUGCGGACAGUGGAUUAAAGGUCAUGAUGAAAUCCGAUCAUCCCGUUUUAGACUCGAGGUAUCUGGUCUAUGAAGCUGCUCAGGCUCAUCAUUACGGUUUGAACUUUUCACACUCAUUGAGUUCAGUCACUACUCAUUCUGCCAAUGUUAUGGGGUUGAGUCAUAGGAUUGGAUAUGUUAGAGAAGGAUAUGAUGCGGAUGUGGUGAUUUGGGAUUCUUUCCCUCUUUCUUUGGGAGCGACUCCGAAACAAACUUAUAUCGAUGGAAUUCCCCAAAUCAUACGACCACAUGUGGUGGAGAAACCUCGUGAAGCUCAAGAAAUCUCACCAGCGGGGGAGUUUGAGGAGGAAGCUAGAGAAGCCGUUUUGGCAAGGGGGGAUCCUGAUUUGAGGUCGAAAAGAUCGGUCAACAAUGUAAUCUUCAGUGGAGUAGAUGACAUGUUCCUACCUGGUUUCGCUAUGUCGGAAAAAGGAGGUAACGUGGUAGUGAUGAAUGGGGAGAUUGCUUGUGUAGGAGCUUGUCAGGAGUUUCAGGAGAUGGGACUCGAUUUCGAGAUGGUGGAUUUGAAAGGUGGAAGUAUUUCACCUGGAAUGAUCACAGUGGGAAGUGCUUUAGGGAUGAAAGAGAUCGAUCAGGAGUCUUCCACUUCGGACGGGAAAGCAUAUGAUCUCACCUCCGGAAAUGCAAAAAUAGUGGAUGGUAUUCUAGUAAGAGGUGUAGAUGGAGUAAUGUUUGAUGGCAAGGACGAAUUGUUGGCAUACAGAGCAGGGGUGACAACCGCUGUGUCAUAUCCUUUAUCAUCCUCACUUUUCUCCGGAAUUUCAUUCUCUUUCUCCACAGGAGCUCUACAUGCUCUUGAGGAAGGAGCGAUAUUGAACCCGUCCGCGGCAUUACAUAUAACCAUGUCAAAUUCGAAAUUCUCAAUUUCUACAAAGAUUGGUAUUCUUCGACGACUUCUCCAUCAUGAAGAAAAUGACUUGAUGAAAGUGAUGAAGCAAGUUGCUACAGGUAAAAAAAGGUUAGUGGUGGAAGUUAACAAAGCGGACGUUAUGGCUUCUUUAGUUAGAUUGAAGAAAGAGGUGAAAGAUUUGAAAAUGACAUUUUUGGGUGGACAAGAAUCUUGGAUGAUCGCCGAUCAAUUGGCAGAAGAAAAAAUAGGAGUUAUCGUUUCACCUUCUCGUAGUUUCCCAGGUGAUUGGGAUCAAAGAAGGAUUAUUCCUGGUCCUCCUUUGAGUAAUCAUACACUUGCUUCGUAUCUUUCUUCUGCUGGAGUCCUCGUCGGCUUAGGCAUACGGGAAGCAUGGGAAGCCCGGAAUACGCAAUACGAAGCUGCCUGGCAAUUUACUUCUUCCCCAGGGACGUUUUCAAAAUCAUCAGCAUUAGCUUUGGUCAGUGAGAAUUUGGAAGUGUUAUUGGGUUUG